GGCCAGCGUGGAGGGUCAUGGCCUAUCCUCCUUAGCCAUCCAUAAGGAAGGCCUGAGCCCCUGCAGUGGGGACCUAAAAGAGCUGAUGAUGAUGAAUAUACUUCAAAUUGUUUGAUCAGAUGUCGGUGAAGGUGGAGAGGAUAACUGAUCCAUUGGUGCUGGGGGAGGGUCCUCAUUGGGACGCCGCGCACCAGGUCCUGUACUUCGUGGAUAUCGUGAACUGCACAUUAUAUAGAUACAAACCAGCAACCGGGGAACAGACAAAGACAAAACUAGGUGACGUUGUAGGUUUUGUAGUGCCGAUAGAGGGCACUAGUGAUCAGUUCGUGGCAGGAGUGAAGCGUGAGUUUCAAGUGGUGCAGUGGGACGGUACCGACGGUAGCGCCCCCCGCGUGCUGCGGACGCUCGGGGAAGUGGACCAGCAGCGGCCCGCCAAUAGGAUUAACGAUGGGAAGGCUGACCCUAGAGGGAGACUGUUUGCCGGUACCAUGGGCGAAGACUCUCCAGGCCAAUUUGCGAUGAACAAAGGCUCCUUGUACAGAUUGGACGGGCCCAAGAUGAAGAAGGUCGCGGAGGGAGUGACCGUCUCCAACGGACUCGCGUGGGAUCUCAACGAGAAGGCGAUGUACUACAUAGACUCGAUUGAGCAAAACAUCAGAAGAUACGACUAUGAUGUGGACACAGGGGAAAUUUCAAACAUGAGGCACGUAUUCGACUUUAAAAAGAACGAGAUAGAGGGCCUCCCGGACGGUACCACUAUCGACACGGAGGGCAACUUGUGGGUGGCGGUGUUCGACGGCUCGUGCGUCCUCAACAUCAACCCGCGCACGGGACAGCUGCUGCGCAAAAUACCGAUACCGGCUAAACAGGUGACGUCAGCAACAUUCGGCGGACCCAACAUGGACGUCCUAUACGUGACGACGGCCAGUCUCAACAUCGAAGGGGAACAACUGCCGCCGUGCGGCGCCACCUUCGCGGUCACCGGUCUGGGCGUUAAGGGUCAUCCCAAUGCCAACUUUAAAUUGUAAACAACCCACCUUUUAUUUGUUUGUAUUAAUCUGAAAGGUAUUUUUUAUGUGUAUGCAUUUGUUACCUUGUGUAUGAAAUUAAAAAAAAUCGUGGACAUUCCAUUCGGUAAAUGUAACUGUAGAUAGAGCCAAUAAAUAUUAAG